UUGGACCCGGGAAGCCGGCGCCAGAUGUGGUUCCGGAUUGGUGAUUGGGACUCUAUAGCGGUCCGAGGGGGCGCAGUGUCUCCGGUCCGGGAGCCUGUCCCCCCUCAGACAUUUCUGCAGAACUACAACCCCCAGCGGAGUCUUGGUGAUGAGCCAGAGUAGUGAUCCGAGCCCCCGGCUCCUGGACUCCCCUCUACUCCUGCAACGCUCCGAGCUCCGCGAGGAGCUGCGCCUGCGGGAGUUGGAGGAGGCCAGGGCGAGGGCGGCGCAGAUGGAGAAGACGAUGCGCUGGUGGUCGGAUUGUACCGCCAACUGGAGGGAGAAGUGGAGCAAAGUGCGAGCGGAGCGCAACAAGUCCAGGGAAGAGGGAGUGCACCUGCGCGCGCGCCUGGAGGUUCUCAGCAAAGAGCUGAGCGCAAUGAAGAGAGAGCGCCAAGAGGCCGCCAAUGAGACGGAGCAACUCCGCCGGGAACUGGAGAGUGUCAGAGGGGCCCCUGAGCAGGACGCGGAGGAGCCCGUGCGGGAUGUGGAUGCCGAGAGACCCCACAGAUCCAAGACCAUAGAGAAGAUGGAGGGGGAGAUCAGCCACUGGCAGGUGAAGUGGGAGGAGCUGAACAAAUCCCGGCAGGAGGUGAUGACGCAGCUUUCCCUCCUCCAGGAGCGGCACCAGGACGAGUUGGGUCGGAUCUCGGAGGAC